AUGAAAUUGUUUGAUCGCUGGCUCUCGUUGCCCUACAAUGACUAUAUAGAGAUCCGAAGAAGCUCAUCGCUGCAAUUUCCGAUGGAAUCCGAGCACUGUAUGCCGUUGCCGACUUCGCACACGCAGAUUGAUCUGCUGAACACAAAAACGGCGACGAUCUCAAGUUCGAUGUACACGCUGACGCAAAUCUCUGAGAGUGCCAGCGCGAUGAACUUGUACACGAUUAUGGCAAGAUAUCGAUGCUGUUUCGGGUUUUGUCGGCUCCGGGUGGGCGGUUGUGUGAUCGCCGCGUUCUCGAUUUGCAUGUCGGUGAUAACUUUAUGCCUCAUUCUCUCAUUGGCUCAUCAAUUAACGAAAGGUUUUCAAGAUAUCUUUCUACUGCCACUCGUUUGCACAUCGUUAUUUCAAGUGGCCUCAGCGAUGAGUCUAAUCGUCGGGAUUCUCAUCGAGAAUCAUCUCCUCAUUUUACCCUUCAUCGCCAAUAUUAUCAUUCAAAUUCUGCUCCACAUGGCCUUAACAAUCAUUUUUCUCAUUACUUCAAAUCAUUCGGAUAAUAUAAUCUACCCACUUUUGGCUUUCUUCUCGAUUUUCAUCGUCGCUCUUUAUGUUUGGUUUAUGGCAUUGACAGCGAUGACAUUUGUGUUGAUCAGGGAUAAGAAAAGAUUUAAAUGGGAACUCGACGAGAAUUUCGCGAAUGCUCAACAAAAACCGAUGGAUCGAGUGAGCAGCUCGUAUUUU